UCAUUACACAAAGAAGUAAAAUGUCACCGUAAAAUGAAAAAAUCCUGAUUUACUUUUACUAAUACCAUCGAAACCAUCGGCUCUGGGUAUUAAAUAACAAAAUUCCAACAAUGGCGAAUUUCAGACUGGGUGAAUAUGUAUAUCAAAAAGAAAUUCCAGUCGCCAAAAUUAACAGACCAGUGUUCGAUAAUGAAUUUCUUGCUAUGAAAGAGCAUUUCGAAAAUGAAAUGCGUAGAAUGGAUCAGGAAAUAACUAGAUUCAGAUCAAAAUGGGCACGUCUGAUAUCAGAAAGGAUAGACAAAGAAAAGAAUACAAAAAAGUUGAAAAAAGACCAAUCAGUAUCGCCAAUACCGGGGAUAUGUUCUAAAGCAACCUCUUAUAAUAGUCAGCAAGACCUACGAGAGAACAGCACAAACCUGACGAAUCUUUACAGUAUGGCAUCGUCGCACUGUAGCCUAAGCUCGUCGCAGUCACAAGUCCCUAAGAUGCAGCUCUCCAAUGAAAGGGACGUGUUAAAGAAUAGUCCUCUGGUGGUUGGCGAAGGUGAAGAUAAGAAACUCAAGUUGCAAUUCGACCUUAGCCAAUUCGAUCCUUCAGAGGUGAAAGUGACAAUAGUGGACGAUAUAUUAAUGGUGGAAGCAACUCACAUUGAGAAAACUCCGAGCAUCACUAUCUAUCGAGAGUACGCGAGAGAAGUACAGCUUCCCAAAGGUCUGGAUCCUGACGCGAUAUAUUCCAAUCUAUCAAGAGACGGAGUACUAACAGUACAAGCGUCAUUAUCACAAGCACAGAAAUACCCAGAGAUUGAAGAACCGAGACGAGAAAUCAAAAUGAAUAAGGAGUCCGGUGUCAGUACCAGAGUUGAUGUAGGCAUUUGAGAACAAAACUAUUUGAUACGAACAAAGCAUAAUUGGAAAUAGUAUGCAGGCUUGAGUAUUUUGUAAAUCCAGUAUUAAAUGCAUUUAAAUACUCAA